AUUCCCACUUAUGGUCACUUAUUUUAUUUUAUUUGAACACAAAUAUUGGUACAAGGGGGCACCAAAUAUAUAUGCGCCACACUAAAUCAGAUAUUAAUUGUGUUACUCUUGUGAUUAUUUUAUACCGGGCUUGACUAAUCCUGUACUGUUUAGAACCUAUUUGAUAGGUUCAUUUUGUCAAACCCUAAUGGAACAAGCUUGUGUCAAGUCUUCCCAGCACCGUUUAGAUGACUGGUUAAUUAUCCUCAAAGAACAUCAUAUUUUAAAAUCUCUUGGUGAAGAAAGAGAGGCGUUUGAGAGGAGUUUAGAACUUCCAGCCAUUCCUGAAAUGAUAUUCGAUCAAAAUUCCCUGUCAAUUUGUUUCUGUCAACCAAAUAGUGAACAAAUAUGCAAAAUUGAAUUUAAUGCACUUGAUGCUCUUAAAUUAGUCGAUCCAAAGAAUAUAACUAUAGAAGUACCAUUUGCAAAGGACUGGAGAGAUUCUCGAAUUACUAAUCAAGAAGACAUACUGCCACAUAAACCAUAUGACUGGACUUUCACUACUCCGUAUACAGGCAGUUUAUCUGGUCCCUGGAGUAUAUCUCCCACCUCUGAGGGUUUAGAUAUGGAGUAUCUACGUCGAAAAGAUCCUAUUCGCUUUUUUGUCAAUACAACGCUAUAUGAAGAUGAACUAGGUGAUAAUGGUGUAUCUAUUCUGAAUAUAAAGUUUCGUGCAAUGUCUUCUGGUUUCUUCUUAUUACAACGUUUUUUCUUACGUAUUGAUGGUGGACUAAUACGAGUGUAUGAUACUCGACUACAAUGGCGUCAAAAUGAUAGUUAUUUACUUCGUGAUAUACGCCGAAUGGAAAGUUCAUCUUGGAGAGAAGAUAUGGUUGGAAUCAGUUUAGAAAUAGCAGAUCAACUAUGUGAUACAGUAAUAGAGCAUUAUACAGAAAAACUUGUACCACCAUAUGUAAAUUCACCCUAAAAUUAUCAAUAACUUAUGUAAAUAGUAUUAUGUGUUCAAUUAUUUGUUAUACAAGUUUGUAAAUUAUUGAACAUUAUGUCUAUGCAUUAUAUUUACUUUUCAUAA